AUGCCAUCUAUCCUCAGUGAUGCCGACAAAGAAACCGUCAAGAGGACUGUCCCCAAACCGGCGAACAAGAUCCACGCUGUAGCCGUUGCGCGAUUAUAUGUGGCCUACCCGGAUCCCCAGAAAUGGACAUACACAGGUCUACAGGGUGCCGUCGUCCUGGCGAAUGAUUUAGUCGGGCGGACCUUUUGGUUGAAGUUGGUGGAUGUAUCGCCCGCUGGACGAGGUGUUAUCUGGGACCAGGAGAUCUACGAUAAUUUCCCCUAUAACCAAGACCGAACGUUCUUUCACACGUUUGAGCUGGAAGAUUGUGCCGCUGGUUUAUCCUUUGCUGACGAGAAGGAAGCUAAAACAUUCAUUAAGAAAAUGCAAGAGCGGGAGAAAAGUGCGAGCAAAGAAACCCGGCAGACACCUUUCGCAUCCACUCGUGGUCAAGGCCCUGCUCCCAUAGCAAAUGGUAAACAUGGCGUAGGACGGUCGAUUUUCGGUAGCCUGCUAGGCCAUCGGUCAACAUCGGGGUCAAAUGCGCCUCCACCAGUAGCACAUACAGAGCCCCCUUCUGCGCCUUCCAUUCAAGUCGCACCACCCCCACCGAGCAGCCCUCCACGCAAGGCCUUGCCCUUCGACACCAGUGAUCCGUCAUGGAAAGGUCUUCUGGACGAACUCUUGCAGAUGGGCAUUACGGAAGACCAGAUCGCGGAGAAUUCGGACUUUAUCAAGGCAUAUAUUGAGCAGAAACAAAGCAACGGGGUUGAUUCUGCUCCAUCUCCAGCUGAGGAUAAAAGGGGCAAAGCUCCCCCUCCGCCUCCUCCGUCGGCGCCUCCUGCUCCUAAGUCGAGUUCUAUAAGCCCGCAACAUACAGGUAAUAGUACGGGUAGUCGACGAGGCGCUCCGCCACCACCUCCGCCGUCACGGAGAACCCGUGCUGAAGCAGAGGAAGAGUCCCCAGCAUCCACUCGCGAACCAUCUCCGCCCCGGCCCAGAUUCCGAGCGCCGCCUCCAAUUGCAGAUGCUGGCAAAUUUGCGCACAGCAAUGGGCCCCCUCUUCCCGGCCGACAACGAGCAUUAUCGGGCGCAAAUCCUGGGCCUCCUCCCCCACCACGACCUCCAAAGACUCCUAUGGAUGAUAGUCAACCCCGGUUUGGGGUGCCUCCACCUUUCCAAGGAGAGCGAAAGGUGUCCGCUCCUCCAGCACCACCCAGCCGUAACCCGGCGCCUCCAGGGCCACCACCACGGCCACCUCCCCGCACGUCAAGCCCUGCAUUACCGCCGCAGCUUCCUCCCAAAGUGCCUCAUGCCCCGGCCUCAACGCCAGCACCUCCCCCACCACCUCCGAGAAGUCCGGCCAACCAACCACCUCCUCCGCCUGUGCCUGCUGCUUCCCGGCCCACGCCUCCACCACCUGCAUCUAGUGCAGUGCCCCCUCCACCACCACCGACUUCAUCAAGCGUUCCUCCGCCGCCUCCACCGCCACCGCCGCACCCUUCAUCAAGCCCA